GUCAGCAGUAGCAGCACUCAUGGCUGGCCCCCUGUGGUGGGCCACAGCCUUUGUCCAGAGACACAGGACAGCCCUCUUGGUGGGCUCCUGCACAAGCCUGUUUGGAGCUCAAAUCUCUUACCACCUCUUCGCGGAUCCUGUUGCCCAGUGGCUUUACCAGUACUGGCCUCAAGGCCAGCCGGCCCCUCUCACUCCAGAGCUGCAGAGUCUUUUUCAAGAGGUGCUACAGGACAUGGGCGUCCCCUCAGGCCACUGCUACAAGCCUUUCACCACCUUCACCUUCCAGCCUGUGAGUGCUGGCUUCCCAAGACUCCCUGCUGGGGCCAUGGUGGGCAUCCCCGCCAACUUCCUGGGUGGCCCAGUGACCAACACUAACCAUCCUGGGGUCAUACAUGGGCAAAGUGUCAACUGGCAGAGCCCAGCAGGCACUCGGCUAAAAGAGGCCCUGACGCUAACCCGUGAUGCCCAAAAAUUCGCCUUGGCCAGAGAGGUGGUAUACCUGGAGAGCGGUGCCGCUGCCCUGCAGGCCCUGCCAGCCCCAGCUUGCCUGGCAGGAACCUGGGCACUGACUGUGGGUGCCAAGCAUGCACUGGGACUCUAUGGAGGCCCCAUGAACUUACGAGCCGCCUUUAACUUGGUGGCAGCAGUGGCGGGCUUUGUGUUCUAUGCCUUCUCCACAGACUCUCUCACUCAUGCCUUGGAAGGCUGGCUGGACCGCCGCACGGCCUCACUCUCUGCAGACUAUGGCCGGGGUGGAGUGGAGUUUUACGAGAAACUUCUGAUGGGCAACAUGGCCCUGCGCAGCCUCUUGGGCAGCCACGGAGAGAAACUGUAUACACCCAGUGGGAACGUUGUCUCUAGACACUGGUUCCGCAUCAAACAUCUACCCUAUACAACCCGCCGUGACUCUGUACUGCAAGUGUGGAGGGUGACUCUCAACUCAGGUCGCUCCUGAGGGGCUCAUCACCGGAACCAUUCUCGCUCAUGCCAGCACCAUGCUGCCUCUGACCCUGGGGUCAUCUCUUAGUCCUUCUGCAUGCACAGCCCGAAGUCAGGAUGAUCACAGGCACUGGAGUCCAGUAGCCUAGAUUGUGCCUUUGUCUGCCACUUAGGAUCUCAGUGACCUUAGCAAGUCCCUUUAUGAAUCUGGGCCUUGCUUUUGUCAAUUGUGCAACAGGGAGGAUGCAAACUACCUCACAGGAUUGCAGGGUUGUGUGAAGGGAUGGACAUGAGGGCCUGGUGCAGAGCACCAUAAACAAUAAACAGGAGGCACUGCAUCUUGGUCUUUGAAUUCCAAUCGGCCAUGGGAAGUCAGGCCCUUCCCUGCAAGAGAGAGCCACCCCCAUCCCCAUGUGCCUGAUGGUCAAAUUCCAAUUUUUCUUCCUUGUGGUACAGGUUGAAAUGGGCCAAGAUAGGAAGUUAGUGAGGCCCUAGGCUGCCUUAGAUGUGGCCUUAAGGACCAUGUACCAGUAGGGUCCUAUAAUGCAGAUGGCACACCCAGAGGAAGAACAAGAAUGCCAUAGGGAGAGCCUAUACACCUGAAGGAGAGGGAAAGCCUCCGCAAAACCUGGCAAGAGUUAGGCCUGAAGGCAGCAGAAGGAACAGGCCAUUGCAGCAUAGGCUCUGUUGAGAUGCCCACAGCAUUCCCUAUUGGGCAUGGAGCACAGUCAGGACUUGCAGAGGGGAGGGAUUGGGUGGGAGAAGAAGUCAGAACACUGAGGAGAGCAGAGGGAGAUGUGGCAGUAGGCCUGGCCUGGUGUCCCUCGGAACCCAGGGAGAGCUGUUUCUUUGUCCUGCUUGCUUUCUUGGACCCCCUGGUGGUGAGUAGAACAAACCCAGAGGACUUUCAUCCUUGGGCAGGAGGCCCCAACAGGUUAAAGUGAGGACAGCUGUGACAGCCAGGUCUAACUUCCUUUCAUACAAACUAUGUUUUCCCUGGAAGAGUUUUGAAGAAUUGAAGCCUGGUGCCAGUGUAACUCAGGAUACAGGGAUUAGGCCUCACUCAGGGAAGGGUAUUCAGUGGGCAGAUAGUUCCUGGCAGGAGUCCUCGAGAGGAGAGUGGGACCGCUGGGGAUGAAGAAUGGGCUGGGCAUGGCACAUCUGCUAGAUCCUUCUCCCUGCUGGAGCCUAGUGUACUAUAACAGCUUGCAGAUCCCUUCACUAAACCUGGGUAGACUCAGCACCUCAAGAUGGGACACACAGGUUUCUAAUACCUAGAACACCACAGGGUAUGGAAUUGGUAAGCGGAGAGAUGGAUAGAUGAGGUAGUGACUGAAUGAGUCUCUACCCUGGCAAAUAUUGCUUCACCAGGCUCCCUGGGAUGUCACCCAGCUGUUUCUGUAUAUCAUAGGCAGUAAGGCUGUGUGGGCCACCUAACUCUUGGUGAAAGAAGUGUAUUUUGGAGUCUGGACAUGAUGGGCUCCACCUCACCAUUCUUCACGCCCACCCUGUCUCCGCUUACUCAUUUCAGGAGCCAAAGUGGCAGUACCAGGCAUUCUUGCUUUGCUACCCAAAAUGUUAAGUACUCUGGUUUGGAUGUGCUUUGUCCUGCAAAGGUUCUUGUGUUGAAAACUUGGUCACCAGUGUAGCAGGGCUAAGAGGUAGUGGAACCAUUAAGAGGUUGGGCCCAGUGGGAGCUAAUUAGGUUAUUGCCAUCAGAAAAGAUUAAUGCUGAUCUCUCGAAGUGAACUCCGGAAAGAGCACAUUCUUUAAAAAGAGCAAAAUUGGUCCCUCUUCACUGGCUUCCUGUCCCGUUAUGUGACCUCUCCUGUAUGCACUCAUGAUUGUGAUGUCGUCUACCAUUUGGUCCUUGCCAGAGAUGAACAGAAGCUGGUGUCAUGUGCUCAGACCUCUAGUAUUAUGAGCUAAAUAAACAUUUCUUUAUAAAUUA